GAUGCGGAAGCAAAAACCCCAGUGCCGGAUCGUCAUCUACGCACUGCGAGCGCCUCCCCUAUUGUUUUGCGCUCAAGCCCAUGCGUGCAUAAAUACUAGACAUGCGGUGAGGAACGACAGCGAUUCAUCCUGUUCCAACGCUGGUCUAGCCUUCGAGACUCACCGCUCGACGCCUUUGUGCGCUCCUUGUCACCGCAAAGACAUCCUCCAUCCUCACAAUUCAGGAAUCAUGGACGCGUUCUUCGACAUCGCUAUUCCCGUUCCCGCCGAGGAGGAGCAGGUCCCUGUCAAUUACGACACAGGGAGCGGCAGCGGCAGUGGCAGCUGCACUAUUGCAUGAGCGAAUCACUCGCCUUUGUGAGUUCUCCGCGUUACUCGCACAGUGUCGUUUGACUGAAUCAUCCAUGUGCAGGUGGACACCCUUGCUCCCACCUAUGAACGCUUUCACGACUCGCGCAUGUUCGAUAUUCGCGCACCACACCCCUUUG